AUGACGGAUACACCGACGAGGAUAUCUAGGUUUUCCGACGACAAGACAGAGACGUUCCACGAUGCCGAUGCUACAACCAUCGAUCCGGUCGCUGAGAAGAAGUUGCUCCUCAAGUGCGACCUUCAUGUCCUUCCACCGUUGUUCCUUCUUUUCCUCUUGGCAUUCUUAGAUCGUGUCAACAUCGGCUUGACGGAAGAUCUGGACAUGAGUGGUCCAAACGCCCAUCGCUACAAUAUCGCUUUAUUCAUCUUUUUCGUGCCCUACGUCCUUUUCGAGGUCCCAUCAAACCUGAUACUUAAGAAGCUCAAACCUUCGACAUGGCUCAGUUUGAUCAUGACACUCUGGGGCCUCUCAACAAUUGGAAUGGGCCUCAUCACCAAUUUUGAAGGACUAGUAGCAAUGCGCGUUCUGCUCGGUUUCUUUGAAGCGGGGCUAUUUCCAGGCUGCGUGUACCUCAUUUCAAUGUAUUACAAGCGAUACGAACUCCAGUGGCGACUUACUCUGUUCUUCUCGGCGAGCAUCAUUGCUGGAGCAUUUGGUGGACUUCUUGCAUUCGCCAUUGCCAAAAUGGAUGGCAUCGCCAACUACCGAGGCUGGAGAUGGCUAUUUAUUAUUGAGGGAAUAGUAACUGUCGUCGCUGGGAUCAUCACAAAGUUCUGGGUGGCAGACUGGCCCGAGGAUGCAAAGUUUCUGAACGGAGAAGAGCGUGCUUUGCUCCUAGCACGCUUGAGCGCUGAUACCGGCGAUGCUGUUAUGGAUCGGUUUGACAAGAGGGCUGCCAAAAGGAUCUUCGCAGACCCCAAGAUCUAUCUCGGGACUCUUGCAUACUUUGGCUACGCAGGAGCCUUCUUUACUCCAACAAUCGUCAAAGACCUUGGCUACACUUCAACCGCGGCGCAAGUACGCUCGAUCCCCAUCUUCGUGGUAGCAACCAUUACCGCACUUGUAACAGCAUGGCUCACCGAUCGUCUCCGCCACCGCUACCUAUUCUGUAUGUUCGGUCUCGUCGUCGCAUCAAUCGGUUACAUCAUGCUUCUUUUACAGGAGAAUCUCUCCGCGGGUGUCAAGUACUUUGCCCUUUUCCUCAUUAUCCCUGGCGGCUUCAUCACCCAACCCGUAGUUCUGGCGUGGAUGUCCAAUCUUGUGUCUGGACACUACAAGCGGUCCGUUGCUUCCGGUAUGCAAAUCGGUUUUGGUAAUCUGGGCGGUAUCGUUGCGAGUAAUGUCUUUUUGCAGAACGAGAUGCCGACGUAUCGUACGGGGUAUGGGGUUAGCCUGGCGAUGUUGUGGGUUUGCGGGAUAUCGUGUACGGCGCUGUUGUUUCUGAUCAAGUGGGAGAACGGAAAGAGGGAAAGGGGGGAGAGAGAUGAUAGAUUGAUGAAGGCGGAUGCAGACAACCUUGGGGAUGAUCAUCCGACGUUUAGACUGACUUAUUGA